CAUAAAUACAGAAUUGAUCUAUUUCUCUUUAUCAAAUUUUUUAAAAAAAAUUCUGCUUAUACAAAAUCUCACUGAUUUGUAGAUUUAAUGUAAAGGACUAUUUUUCUCAACACUUUGACCUCUCUUUCAAUACUACUCAACACAAGAAUCAUUAUUAUUAUCAUUUGCAAUGCCAAGAAUGAGAAUUUUGGGAUCCAGAAAAUGUGUCUAUGUUCUUCCUCUCACAGCUUUCUUGAUCAUGCUCAUGUUCUUCCUUCAGUAUCACAAUCUUGGAACAGUUACAACAACUCAAACCAAGUAUGAUUCAGAAAAACAAGAACUUCAUUUUCUAUAUCAGUAUGAUUCAGAAAAACAAGAACUGAUUCAUGUGCUGAAGAAAGCAACAAUGCCAGACAGAACAGUUAUCCUAACCAUGGUAGAUGAAUCACAUGCAAAACCAGGAUCUAUUCUUGAAGUUUUUCUAAAAAGCUUCAAAUAUGGGCAAGGGACUCAAAGAUUUUUGAGUCACUUAGUUAUCAUAACUAUGGACCUACAAGCUUUUCAGUACUGCCGAUUAUUGCAUCCAUAUUGCAUUCAUCCCUCCACUUUUGAACCUUAUUUUUCCACCAAAAGACGGUCUGUCACAACACCAGAUCACAGUGUGUUAUUCAGUUGGAGAAGAAAUCAUGUUUUGAUGCAAGUCAUUGAAUUGGGCUAUAACAUAAUAUUCACGGAAACAGAUGUACUGUGGCUUAAAAGUCCAUUGGUGAACUUUCAUCCGCAGUUAGAACUCAGCAUUUCGUGCAAUUUUGUAAGUGACGGAGAAAGGGCGUAUUCCGUACAAGAAGGGGGAAUCUUCUUCAUGAAAGCAAAUUACGUGACCCCGGAAUUCUUAAAGCACUGGAAACUGACCAAGGUUUUGUAUCCAGACUCAAACCUUGAUGAAUCCAUGUGUGCAACAUUGGAGAUACAUGAAGAGCUAGUUGACAUUUAUGGCUUCCGUGUUCAUAGAAUAGAUACAAACCAUUUUGGUGGAUUUUGUCAGCGAUAUGAUGGUAUGUUGGAAGACGCGUAUACCAUUCAUGCUAACUGCUGUGAUGACCUCAAAAACAAAGUUCAUGACCUGAGGAUUGUUCUAGAUGAUUGGAUUCGCUUAAGAAACCGUGUAUCAAAGAACAAUGCAACGGAAAAAACUGCUUUGAGGUGGCCACAGAAGUGCACACAACACUCAGCUCUCAAGUUUUCACAAAGAAUUCAUAUCUAAAGAGAAACACUUUACAGAUUCCCCUCUCCCUAUUAAGCUGGAAGUUUUCUACUCUCCUUGUCUUGGUGAAUUGCUAAAUAUCUUCUUUGGUACUUGGGAUACUAUUUUUUAGCAUGAAACGUUAUUCUUUGCAUUUAAAAGUAAUGAAUCUCUAAGUUAAUCAA